UGACUUGUUUAUUUUGUUUGGGGUUUCACUUCAAGUAAUCGACUAGUUUUCGAUACAUUUAGUUGCCAAGAUGGCUUCGACGGCAGCUGGCAAACAGCGAAUACCGAAGGUGGCGAAGGUGAAGAAUAAAGCCCCGGCGGAGGUGCAGAUCACCGCCGAGCAGCUUCUCAGGGAAGCCAAAGAACGCGAACUUGAACUUCUCCCGCCGCCACCUAAACAAAAGAUCACCGACAAGGAAGAAUUGAACGACUACAAGCUGAGGAAGAGGAAGGCAUUUGAGGACAACAUCCGAAAGAACCGCACAGUAAUCAGUAACUGGAUUAAAUACGCACAAUGGGAGGAAAGCCUGACAGAGAUCCAAAGGGCACGCUCCAUUUACGAGCGUGCGCUGGAUGUGGACCACCGCAACGUGACCCUGUGGCUGAAAUACGCCGAAAUGGAGAUGAAGAGUCGGCAGGUGAACCAUGCCCGCAACAUCUGGGACCGAGCCAUCACCAUCCUCCCCCGUGUCAACCAGUUCUGGUACAAGUACACGUACAUGGAGGAGAUGUUGGGAAAUGUGGCAGGCUGCAGGCAGGCGUUUGAGCGCUGGAUGGAGUGGGAGCCCGAAGAGCAGGCCUGGCAUUCUUACAUCAACUUUGAGCUGCGCUACAAGGAGGUGGACAAAGCUCGCAGCAUCUACGAGCGCUUUGUCAUGGUCCACCCCGAGGUGAAGAACUGGAUCAAGUACGCUCGUUUCGAGGAGAAGCACGGCUACAUCGCGCACAGUAGGAAGGUGUACGAGCGCGCCGUGGAGUUUUUCGGCGAGGAGCACGUGGAGGAGAACCUCUUUGUUGCCUUCGCCAGGUUUGAGGAGAUUCAAAAGGAGUUUGAGCGCGUGCGUGUCAUCUACAAGUACGCUUUGGACAGGAUCCCCAAGCAACAUGCCCAGGAACUCUUCAAAAACUACACCAUGUUUGAGAAAAAAUUUGGAGACCGGCGGGGCAUCGAGGAUGUCAUUGUCAGCAAAAGAAGGUUCCAGUACGAGGAGGAGGUCAAGGCCAACCCACACAACUACGACGCCUGGUUCGAUUACCUUCGGCUGGUGGAGAGCGACGCCGAUCCAGACACGGUGCGAGAGGUGUACGAGCGCGCCAUCGCCAACGUCCCGCCCCUCCAGGAAAAGCGGCACUGGAGGCGCUACAUCUACUUGUGGAUCAACUACGCCCUCUACGAAGAACUGGAGGUCAUGGACGUGGACCGUACCAGGCAGGUGUAUCAGGCCUGUCUGGAUCUGAUCCCUCACAAAAAGUUCACGUUUGCGAAGAUCUGGCUGCUAUACGGUCAGUUUGAGAUACGACAGAAGAACCUGCAGGGCGCUAGAAAGAUCAUGGGCACAGCAAUUGGAAAAUGUCCCAAGAACAAACUCCUGAAGGGCUACAUCGAGCUGGAGCUUCAGCUGCGCGAGUUUGACCGCUGCCGGAAGCUCUACGAAAAAUACCUCGAGUUCUCGCCGGAGAACUGCACUACCUGGAUCAAGUUCGCAGAGCUGGAGACUAUCCUGGGCGAUGUGGACCGGGCCCGCGCCAUCUUUGAGCUCGCCAUCGGACAGCCGCGACUGGACAUGCCAGAGGUUCUGUGGAAAUCCUACAUCGACUUUGAGAUCGAGCAGGAGGAGUUCGGGAACACGAGGAACCUUUACAAAAGACUACUGCAGCGUACCCAGCACGUCAAGGUUUGGAUCAGCUACGCCAAGUUCGAGUUGUCGCUGGAAGGCAGCGAGCGGCUGCAGAAGUGCCGCCAGAUCUUCGAAGAGGCCAACAAGAGCCUGAGGAGCUGCGAGGAGAAGGAGGAGCGACUCAUGCUGCUUGAGUCCUGGAAAGACUUUGAGGCCGAGUUCGGCUCAGACAGCAGCAGGGAGCAGAUCAGGAAGUUGUUGCCCGAGAAGGUCAAAAAGAGGAGGAAGCUCACGGCUGAGGACGGGUCGGACGCGGGCUGGGAGGAGUACUACGACUACAUUUUCCCCGAGGAUGCCGCCAACCAGCCCAACCUCAAGCUGCUCGCAAUGGCUAAGAUGUGGAAGAAGCAGCAGCAGACCGCCAGUGAGGACGACCCAAACAAUCUGGAACAAGCUCACGGGAAUGAGGAGACGGCCGGCGGCGCUGCCGCCGAAGACGUGCCGGAACUCUCUGAGGGAGGCAAAGUUACCGAAGAAGACAAAGUUUAUGACGACAGAGAUGACAGUAGCAGUAGUGAGGAAGAAGGUGGCGAGAGAGAGGAUGCUAACAAAAAGGACGAAACUAAUGAGGAACAAGAUUAGGUUUUUUUGUUUCUUUAUUAUGACUCCUACUUUUUUUUUUUUUUUUACCCAAAUGUUUAUUGAAAAUGUACAGCAAUUAAAGAUGAUUUGAAGUUUUCACUCAGUGGCUCUCUGGCAUACAGAAACUUGUUCAAGCAGUCAUUCUGUAUCCUUGCUGUCCAUCUUAAAGUCUAUGGAUAAAUUCGCUCUCCAUCCUCACUAGUAGGAACGAUCCUCAGCGUGGUACGAGUAUAGGGGUACCUCUAUUUAGGAACAUCUCGAGUAAUGAAAAAUUCUAGUUACAAAACUCCCCCUUGGAAAAAUAUUCUCUUAGCUACGAAGGAAAAUUCAGGAUAUGAAAGGCAAAAAUAGGCGCUGGAUUCACAGCCCCCACAUUCCACCGAACAUUAACAUCCUUUUUGUUGGUUUGAAAGUGGUGCGAUAAAGCUGCUCUCCCAUUGGCUAUCGCCGUAGCAUCUUCCUGGCAUUCCAUUGACUACGAGGGAUGUCACGUUUUACCCAUGUUGCUCUUUUGUUUCCCUUGGACACACGAGAGGCACUGAAUCACACGUUAGCGCUUUCACAUGCUAGCACACAUUGGUAAAGUACAACUUUUUCUGGAGUUUUUCGUUAGUAUUUUUCAAAAGUUAAUUCAUCUUAACCAGGGGUGUCCAGACUUUUUUACCGCAAGAUCUACUUUUCAAGCAGUGACACAUUUCACUACACUAACAGAUGAGGCAAACGCACUUCGAAAAUGACAUCAUUAAAAAGUUGUCCGCUUCCUAUUCUGGAUGAAAGUGAUACAUUUUUGUCUUCUUUACUGCAGCAUCCAUACUCGUGUUUGAUAAGAUUUCUUAAGCGAGGGCUUAAAAUAGGGAGGAACCCGCCGACUAGCAUGUCGUUGUUUGCACAUGCGCGGUGAGCUAAAGCUCAGAAAAAAACGGCUGACUUUUUUUUUUCCAUGGCAAGCCGUCACGAUCGACCAAAACUGCCAUCGACGCAGUGAGCACUCCUGAUCUUAACUAUGGGCCCAAGAAACUUUUGUGGAAUUAAGUUGUGUCACCCAAUGGUAAACGAACAUAAUUGUUUAUUAUUUAUGUUAUGUACUUUGAAGGAUAUUUGGGGGAGGAUUUCAAGAGUUUGGAACUGAUUAAGUUAUUUACAUGUAAAAAGUGCUUCUACUUACAAAAAAUUCUGGUUAUGAAACAACUUCUGGAACAAAUUAAUUUUGUAAGUAGUGGUACAUGGGUCCCCGUUAGCUGUAUGCAAAAUAUGAUCAAACUGCAUAAUUUUACAAUGCCUUAAACCUUUAGUACACUUCCAUUGUACUUUAAGUAGAACCCAAUGCGGUGGCAUUGGGCAGAAUUUUUUUACAUUUUGUUUAACAAAUCCAUAGUUUUUACCAGGUUUCGGACAGACACCAGUGAUUUGCAUGUAAACAAAUGUAUUUUUUAAACAAUUGCAGAGCAUAUUUUUGUUCAAUAAAUACAUAUAUAUAUAUAUAUUAUAUAUAUAUAUAUAUAUAUAUAUAUAUAUAUAACACACACACACUUGUAAGGUCAUUAUUAUUUUCCAAUGUUUAGACAAAGUAUUAAUGUUCAAAAUGCAAAGAUGGGCCAACUAUAGUACAUGUUACCGCUGAGGCAAAACUGAGCACUACACUACAAAAAAAGUCUUACCUAUAGUAUUCAUCUUAAUUCUAGUAAAAAAAAUAUGAUUGCCCUCAUCUAAUAAGUACCGGUAACUGGUUUGUAAAACAAUUUCACUUAUUUCAAGUGGGUUUUUUUCUUUGAAAUGCGAAUUUUGCAUUGGGUUACAUUUCUUUUUCUUACAAAGGUAAAUUUCAAA